AUGCCGCGACUCGGCCUACUGUGUUUUCUCGCGCUCCUGUCAAUCACUUACGCGAAGCCACGCCUCUCUGGGCUGUCACAGGAUGCGGUCAAUUACAUCAACAAGGCCAACACUACCUGGACGGCAGGAAUCAACUUCCCCAAUGCUGACUACAGCUACAUCAAGACCUUAUGUGGAACUCUGCUGAAGGGCCCCAAGCUUCCUGAGCUGCCAAAGAGUACUGAAGACAUUAAAUUGCCUGAAAAUUUUGAUGCAAGGACUCAGUGGCCUAAAUGCCCUACCAUCAGUCAGAUCCGUGACCAGGGCUCCUGUGGGUCUUGCUGGGCCUUUGGAGCGGUUGAAGCCAUGUCUGACCGGAUCUGCAUCCUUAGUGCCGGCAAAGUGUCUGUGGAGGUCUCUGCUGAGGACUUGCUGACUUGCUGCGAGGACUGUGGCAUGGGGUGUUUUGGAGGAUAUCCCUCCUCAGCCUGGGAUUACUGGGCCAAGACCGGCCUCGUAACUGGUGGACUCUAUCAGUCUAACGUCGGCUGCAGACCCUAUACUAUUGCACCCUGCGAGCACCAUGUGAACGGGUCACGCCCCCCCUGCUCUGGAGAGCAGGACACCCCGAAAUGUGACAAACAGUGUGUGUCUGGAUACACCCUCUCCUAUCCCAAAGACAAACACUUCGGAAAGACGGCAUAUGGCAUCCCCUCAAAUGAGCAACAAAUCAUGGCUGAGAUCUAUAAGAAUGGGCCCGUGGAGGCGGCCUUCACCGUCUAUGAAGACUUCCUGCUCUACAAGACAGGUGUAUACCAGCAUGUGACAGGGUCAGUCUUGGGAGGGCAUGCCGUUAAAAUCCUGGGCUGGGGUAAGGAGAACGGCACCCCCUACUGGCUGGUUGCAAACUCUUGGAACACAGACUGGGGUGAUAAGGGUUACUUUAAGAUCUUAAGAGGAAAAGACCAUUGCGGCAUUGAGUCUGAGAUGGUUGCUGGAAUUCCACUCAUCUAA